AUGUGUCUACACAGGUAUCUGAUGCUGCGUUUAAUUACUUGCAUUGCACUUUUGCAUUGCACGGUUGUGAACAGUCUGCCUGCAGUAAGUCCAGCUUUGAACCCGAUUGUGAAUCCGGCCUUAAAUCCGGCUCUACACCCGGUCUUGAAUCCGGCUCUAAAUCCGGCCUUAAAUCCGGCUCUACACCCGGUCUUGAAUCCGGCUCUAAAUCCGGCCUUAAACCCGGUUUUAAAUCCGGCCUUAAACCCGGUUUUAAAUCCGGCCUUAAACCCGGUUUUAAAUCCGGCCUUAAACCCGGUUUUGAAUCCGGCCUUAAACCCGGCUGUGAACCCGGUUGUUAACCCUCUGCUCAACCCUGGCUAUGCCGGCCGUAACGUCUUUGGAAAUGGAUACAGGAAUCCCUACUACAACCCUGCAAGUGCUACUGCUCCCAUCUUGAGCUACUCCAACGAAAGAGGUCCAGACGGCAGUUACUCGUAUGCUUUUACAACUGGGGACGGUAAGCAGGCUCAGGAAACCGGAUUCUUGAAAAACGCUUACAUCGAUAACACCGGAAAUCCGCAAGGAACUCAGGUGGUACAGGGAAGCUACUCCUACAUCUCGCCGGAAGGUACUCCGAUACAAGUCAGCUAUGUUGCCGAUGAGAAUGGAUUCAGACCAUCUGGAGUUCAUAUUCCCGCAAACGGCAAAGGAACACUCCCACUACCGGUUGCCGCUGGCGUCCGGCCGGGCCAAUACAACCCUCUCUACAACGGUCUAAACGGGGCUUACAACGGCCUACAUGGGGCUCACAAUGGCCUGCCCAACGGACGGCCUUUUAAUGGCCCCCACCGUGGCUACAACAACCUCUACAACCCAGUGGGACCGUACAACCCAGCUCCUUUCAGCAAGCCUAUCAUCGACCCUAAGAAGUAUAAAUACCUGGGAACAGUCCCGGCUUCGGCACUCUCCUUUUCGCCUGUACCAGUUUUGAUACUCAUAAUGCAGUUCAUCACCUUCUUUCUGAUGGUGGCCUACGUUGCUGGGGCGGACCUCAACAACCCUCGGUUCCUGUACCAGCCGCAGCAGCAGCAGCAGUCAACAGAGCCCGUGCCCAUCAUCAGCCAAGAGCAGGUCAUCAACCCUGAUGGAUCCUAUAAAUAUAGUUAUGAAACCGGCAACGGAAUAUCCGCUGAAGAGGCUGGUUACUUAAGGAACCUCGGGAUACCUGACCAGGAGGCACAGGUCGCGCAGGGAGAAUAUAAGUACACCGCUCCUGAUGGACAGGUCAUCCAACUACAGUACAUAGCCGACGAGAAUGGAUUUCAGCCUCAGGGCGCCCACUUGCCCACACCGCCGCCCGUGCCGGAGGAGAUACAGCGCGCCCUCGCCUACCUCGCCACACUUCCCCCACCCACUGACAGGGAGGCUAGCUAUUAUAGAAGUAAAUAGA